GAACAACAGUCUUGCUAGCAUGUCUCGUGGACGGAUUAUAUCACUCAAAGCUCAACUCGCAAAAAAUCCUCGCGGGAAUCGUACAAUUGAAGCUUUUAUUGCCGACAUGACGGAAAUCGCCUCUGACUUGGCCCUUGCAGGAAGUCCAGUGUCAGAGGAGGAUGUUGCUGUUCACAUUAUGACUCAAUUGGGGGAAGAUUAUUCUGCUAUAUAUCAGUCUUUACGGGGUCGUAAUGAUUCCUUUUCUAUUGGUGAACUAAAGACUAUCUUGGAGGAUUGUGAGCGUGAACUUCUUGCUCGUGCAUCUGCUGUGUCGGACGUUAUUCCCACAGCUAAUCAUCUUCAGCGUGCUCGCGGUGGUCCUUCCCACCGUGGAGGUGCCUCUGGUCACUCACGUGGAGGUCAACAUGGUGGUCGGGGGCCUCACAUGCAUGGCAAUCGGGGUGGACGCUUCUGCAAUUUCUGUCAAUACACGAGUCACGACACUCGAUUUUGCCGGAAACUACAACGUUUUCUAAAGGAUAAUCACGUCUCUAUUGGUUCUACCUCCUCCAAUCAUCCCACUGCUAACAUGAUCACAUCUCCUGGGGGUGCGAGUUCUGUUAACCCUCAAUGGAUUGUUGAUAGUGGUGCUUCCCAUCAUGUAGCCAAUGAUCCAUCUUCUCUAAGCACGCUUAUGGAUUAUGGUGGUCCGGAUGAAGUUCGUUUGGGUAACGGCUAUCCUCACAGAACUGCUUGCGCUGGCUCUGUUCUGCUAGUAUCAAUGAUCCAAGCUGCUCUUCGAAUCUCAUAAUCAGCUUGCAGGGGGUAUUAUGAAUAAUAGAUAUAUUAGAGAAUAAAAUACUACUUCCCCU